AUGUCCUCAAACAUUAAUCAUUACAAGUAAGUUCUGAUUUAAAAGAUAGGUACACAUGUGCAUCGAAUUAAAACACAAUAAUAGAUUCAGAGACUGUUGAUGUUUCUGAUGUUGAAAAUUAUCAUGCCUUAGAAAUCAAAAGUUUGGAUUAUCUCUUUGUUUGCAAAAAGUCUUCAAAGUGUCUUUACUUAGUCUCCUUUAUUGAUAGCUAUGAAAAAUAUUAUCUGAAUACAGAUUAAGAGAUAUCAGAUUUUGCUCUGGCGUAUUUUGCACAGUCAUAUUAUUUGAUAAUCAUCCAAAAUUAGGUGGAUAUAUAGUUUUACAAAAUUGACUACCAAUAUAAAUUUUCUUUGAAUAAUGAACUAAAAAUAGAAGGAUUAUAAUCACCUAAAUUAUAUUGCUCACAAUAAAUAGGAGCAGUUUUAGUUGAUAAUACAUAAAUAUAUCUAAUCCAAUUAGACAAUAAAUUUAUUAAAUAAUAACUCAAGCAAAUGGCUAAAUAGGUGAUAAUUUCAAGAUGUUUAAAAUACAUAUUCAUACUCACCCAAGAUUCCAAAUUAUAGGUUUUCAAUUCGAAGACAUUGUAACUCAUUAAUGAACACAAUCUUAAAUAUACAGAAUCAGAACCUUUGAAAUUCUAGUUGUUUGAGCAUAAUAACUAAAUAGCUCUUUUUACAAUCACAUCAUAAAAGAGGGUUAUCUUUUGGACUUUUGACAAAGAAGACCUACAUACAUCAAGUCUAUUGCCAAAUGAAUCUGUGAAAUUUAAAUUCAAUUCAAGGUACUUUAUAUCUUUAAAACAUUGAAGCAAAUAGCAUAUAGAAUUAUUUGAUUUCUAAAUAGAUUCAACACAAAACUUUCUUUUCAUCCUUUAUUAGGCACAAGACAUGACUGUGCAGAUUUAUGUAGCUCAACUGAACCAAUCUUAAGUAAUUAAGUUAAUUAUCAUCCCUAUUAGAUUUAGAAGAGAGAAUAGAGCAAGAUUAAGCAUAUCAAAAAAUUUGUCAAGGAGAGUUCAACCUCAGCAUUUUUUAUACAAUUCAUAAUACCACCUGAGUAGACAACAAAGUUCUUAAAUGGUGGAAAUAAAUGUGAAUCUGAAAAGGAAUACAUUGAAUUUCAAUAAGGAUUUAAAGAUUUCUAAAAUUAAGAUUUAGAAUUCACAGAUCAUGAAUUACCCUAUAUUUUUGGAUUGCAAUCAGAGAAGAAGGAUAAAAUUGAAUUAUGUUGGUUUUAUAGUGAUCUUGUCCUUGGUGUUAUUCUACCAGAGAAUUUACUUUAACUUUACGAUUAAAAUACUUCGAAAAAGCAAGGUUCGAGUAUUAUUUAAUAAUCUCAUUUAAUUCCUCCUCCUUAUAUAAAAGAGGAGGAUAUGCAACAAUUGUAAUAGUAAUAAAAGUGGGAAAUUAAUAGCAAUAAUAAUACCAAUUACAAUAAUAGCAGUUAGAAUCAAUUUGAUCCCGUGGUCAAGGCGAAUGAAAUUAUAGAAAAUGAAUUGAUUCCAAAAGUUUAACAAUGUUAACAAUAGUAGCAACUCCAAAUGAUAAGUAAUGAUGUGAAAAAAGAUCUAAUUGAAGACAUUACAUUCAUUUUUGAUAUCAAAGAUUUGAUAGAAGCUUAGGUAAAGAAGGAAAUUGAUAAAUAAGGAUAAAAUGAUUAAUAAGCAUUACUUAAAUUAGAAUAGCAAUUUAAAUAUGAUUUAUGUUAAUUAGAAGGUCAAAUGGAAUACGUAGUUAACUAAAAUUUAGAGUUAUAUCAGCAAACAUGUGAAAACUUUCUGAUGGAUAAUUUUAAUUAAAACUAUUUUGAAUAAUUAAUUGAUGAUAGGAUAGAUACUCAUCUGAAAUUGUUGGCAAAUCAAUAAAUAAAUCAAAAUGAAGUAAAUGUUAAUUUAUAUUACAAGUGUACACAAUUAGUUUAAAAUACAACUAAUGAGUAUCUAAAGGACCAAAUUGGUUAACUUUAUUAAGAUGAAUUACCUAAGAUGUCUUAAGGAGUUAUCCAAAUAUUUGAUAAGGUAAUUUAAUACUUUAAUGACAUGUAAUUCAUAGACUAAACUAAAUUGAUUAAUUUUAAUGCUUUCAUUGAUAACGCAAUGCAAUAGCUUUAAACUCUAAGCAAAAACAUAGCUUAAUUGGCUGAAAAUAAUCGGCCAGGAUCAGAUGCCCUAUAAAAAUUAAAUUAAUUGAUUUAAUAAACUGAACAAAUGGCUAAAUAGUAUGAGGAUGCUAGAAAAGGACUCAAAUUAACUGAAACGUAUUAACAAAUACCUUAAUAAUAAUAAUAAUAAUAAUAAUAAUAAUAAUAAUAAUAAUAAUAAUAAUAAUAAUAAUAAAAUAUAUCAUCUGAUGAUAGACUAUUAAAGAUUGAAGAACAUAUUUUGAAAUUAAGAAAUGAUUUAUAAGCGUUAACUCAGAAUUAAUAAGUUUAAAUUUAACCUGUAGUCGGUAUGGAUUAAUUCAUUAAAGGAAUGGCUGCUCAAUUAACUUAAUUAUAAAUCAAAUUAACAACCCCCUAAAUGAACAUAUAAUCAAUUUAAGAGAUUUUGAACUAAUUGAUUUUACAAUUUCAAUAUUUUAUACUUAAAUUUGGAUCAUGA